CAACAUUGUGAAGAAGAGCUUUGUGAGAUGGGCCAGUCACUGUGUUGUUUUUGGUCCCCCGGUGGAAACUGAAAGGCCGACAAGAGCCCUUAAAAAGAAAGAUGUCAAAAAAGUGCAACCUGUGUGGCUGCAAGUUGAACAGAAAAGAGAGCCUGUGUGGCUCCUGCCAACUUUUGUGAAUUCGUUUUGGUUGAAUUCGUUUCUGAAUUCGUUUCCGAAUUCGUUUUGGAUGCUCUGCGCAAUUUUGACGCUCCUCUUCUUGGUGCCUCUCAAUUUUGGCCACCUAUGUGGAGGCCCCCCAAGUCCAGCGGUGGCGACGGUGCUGUGCCAUGGCUUCGGAGGUUAAUCCCUCCUCUCUUUGCCUCUAUCCCGUGUUAGGAUGGGGCAGUGACACAUGCGCUUCAGGCUCGAUUCAUGGUGGUUUGGAGUGCCGCUGCUGAUUCGCGGGCCAUUGAUCAAUUUGCCGGUGGUGCUGGCAACAGACUUUCCACCAAUCCAGGUGGUGUGUAUUGCGAUGAUUCUGACCACAAUGAUGGUGAUGCAGAUGUUGGCUUGGCCAUGGAAGGUGCCAAUGCUGAAUGCGACCGACUGCAUCCUCUCCUUCUGCAUCGUGUUGCUCGUGACCUGCUCUGCGCUCUACCUCAACAAGAUUGAUGAGACUAUGUAUGGCUUUGCCACUGCGGUCUCGACCGCUAUGCUGAGCGGCAUUGCUGUAGCCAUUGGCAUCAUGAUCGUUAUGACUGCGAGUGCACUCUUCUACCGCAGUGCGAUGGGUGGUAAGAAGGAGCUCAAGUUUUUCAACUUGGGCAGUACUCCGACUUCCGAGGGCCUGGCGAAGAAAGUCCAGGAGAUGGUGAAGGAACUCGAGACGAUGGAGGUGGCAGAUGUGUCCCAGAAGCUGAAUGGCUUGGCGACUUUCGACAUCAAAAAAGUCACUACUUGCAUCACAUUAUUGGCGACUGAGGUUGCGCCGCCUGCUGAGCAUGGGUAUUCCUUCAAGUUCAACAAGCGAAUUGCUUCGGCCUCCUUUGACCCAAUGCUGAAAAGGAAGCCGCAAUCGCUGAGAAGCAGCAAGGGGGAAACCGAGCUGGCUCCCAAGAAGGACAUUGAAAUCAAGGACAUCCAACAAGAAACUGAGACGAACAAUGUCGUGGUGGAGCAACAAGAAACGCAGAAGGACGAGGUGUUGAAUUCGUCAUGGAUGUGAGAACAGCUUGGCAGCUUGGCCAACUGUUUGAUCGUUUGUUUAAUGCAGAACUGAAGUUUCUUGGCAGUUUUCCAUGCAAAGAGAUAUGCAGCCAGUGUUU